AUGGGCAACAACUGGUACAACCUCCCGUUCCUCAGCGAGCCUGUGAGCCCGUCUGGCGCGACAUGUACGUGCAUCAUGGACCCCUUCCCCGAGUGCCGCAGGCUGGACCCGGUCGCCCCCUCCACGCCCCCCCCCGCGCCCCCGUUCCGGUUCCGGCUCUGGAUCGUCAACCACCUCACCAUGCUGUGGCUCGCACCAAACACCAACACGACCAUAAAGAGCGCACCGCGGGCCGAGCAGGGCUUCAAAGACAUCGUGAACGCGUCCUCCACUUCGACACCUGUCACCCUGCCCCUGCGCCAAGCACCGGCACCACAGCGUGAUCUGAGAUCGGACCCUGCGUCCCCAGCGGGGUCGCGCGCGCCGCGCAGGCUGGGCGGUCGCGGUCUUCCAGAGCGUCGCCAACAGUGGCACGCCGCCGCCACCGCUCGGCGCGCGCGACCGCGCGACAGACCACGUCCGGCGAGGCUCCGCGGUGGUUUCCUGUCGUGCAAACAGCGGGACACGGACGCGAGUCUGGCGGAGCAGGCGUUCGAACGGGCGCGCAAGGGCGAGGGGAAGGCGUUUGGGAGACGGACGUCCCGCGCUGGUUGUGUCUGA